GCUGUGACGCUGGGGACGUAAAUCGUGCGUCUACGUCACUUCCGCUUAAGUUGACAACAUGGCGACUGUUGAGGAGCAUGAAAAUGGAUUUAUCAACGAAAAUAACGCUUCAAAAGUCCAGGAAAGGUUGAUGAAACGGCACCAAACCCGACUGGAGGACGCGGAGAAGCGGAAAGAAGCGAAAGAGACCCACAAACUCGCCGAGGAGAAAACGGACGUCUUUAACGCCGAGUUUAAUAAAGAGAGAGCGGCUGUAGAGGAGCUGCUGUCCGCCUGCUCCGGAGCGCAGAGAGCCGAGGCUGUGCAGGUGCUAGAGCAAGCCACGGCCAAAACAGCACGGUUACAGAAGUUUCUAAACGACAGCAUGUUAUUUCUGACCCAGUACGACCUGAGACAAGCCCAAUCCGCUUUACAGAAACUACAAACUGCGCUGAACGAGGCCAGAGAAGAGGCGAUGCCCAAAAAGAAGUUUGCGUUCCGAGCGCGCACGAAAGCGACGGAGAAAACACCCGCACAGCCUCCAAUCCCUGACACAACAACGACAGAUGGUGCGAGCAAUAAAGCAGACGAGAAAAUAGAGACUGAACAAUGUCGGUUUUCUAAUUUGAGUGGCGAAAGUGUCACCAAAACAGCGGAGGAGAUCCAACAACGAGACGUGCUGCUGACCCACGUCAAAAACUGCACAGUGAAAUUAUUUGGUUCUCCCAGCACGCUGCAUCUGAAGCAUAUUGAAGACUGCCAGAUCCUCUGUGGGCCCGUGUCCAGCUCUGUUUUCAUAGAUCACUGCAAAAACAGCACUUUAGUCCUUCCCUGUCAGCAAUUACGCACGCACAACACGACCAAUACGCAAGUGUAUCUCCACGUGACGAGCAGAGCCAUCAUAGAGGACUGCACCGGGGUCAGUUUCGCCCCUUUCACCUGGUCUUACCCGGGUUUGGAGCAAGAUUUUGUGGUGUCCGGGCUGGAUAAAAGCAGGAAUAAUUGGAACGAUGUGGAUGAUUUUAACUGGCUGGCUGCAGGGACGCCUUCUCCAAACUGGAGUGUGAUACCAGAGGAACAGAGGAGGACCACAUGGGACUGUUAAAAUACUAAUUAUUACUAAAUAUAUAAAUGUAAAAAGAGCACUUAGACGAAAUCCCCAGUGUGUUUGUGAAAGUUAAAGUUAAAGGACCUUGUUUAAGUGGCUUUUGUUAUGCUCUUGUCAAAAAAAAAAUCAGUUGCUUCAAAGAUUAUUAACACUAUUAGGACUUGAAAAUGUGUUCAAGUCAUUAAGUUAAACCUGAAACAUGUAAGAAAGAAUGCGCUCUGACUCAAUUGCAUGUGAAAUCUUGAUGUCAGCACAGACACAGCAUGUCUAAAGAGUAAUAAAC